AGGCUGUGGCUGCUCCGACUUCGGAGAGGAGGCGAGGAAGCUUUUCAGAAAUCGAGGCGGCUUCCCUGUGCCGGCUGGGGCGCCCUGCUGGGGGCUCCCAGAGCCGUGCCCCCCGGGGGGACCCCAGCCCGGGACCAGGGGCCCCCUCGCCGUUCCUCCGGGGCACCCGUACAGAUUUUCUGAUACAAUGGCAACCCCACGGAGAAGGACAAAGAAAAAAGCAUCUUUUGAUCAUUCUCCAGACAGCCUGCCUUUGAGGAGCUCCGGCAGGCAGGCAAAGAAAAAAGCAGCAGAGAUGACGGACGAGGAUGAAGACGGCGGGUCUGAGAAGAAGUACCGGAAGUGUGAGAAGGCGGGCUGCACGGCAGCGUGCCCCGUGUGCUUUGCGAGUGCUUCUGAGAGAUGUGCCAAAAAUGGCUACACAUCCCGAUGGUAUCACCUGUCCUGUGGGGAGCAUUUCUGUAAUGAAUGUUUUGACCAUUACUACAGAAGCCAUAAGGAUGGAUAUGACAAAUAUACCACAUGGAAAAAAAUAUGGACUAGCAAUGGAAAAACUGAACCUAGUCCUAAAGCUUUCAUGGCAGACCAACAACUCCCCUACUGGGUUCAGUGUACAAGCCCCGUGUGCAGGAAGUGGAGGCAGCUCACCAAGGAAGUCCAGCUUAGCCCGCAGCUGGCCGAGACCUACCGCUGUGGCAUGAAGCCAAAUGCUGCCGCCAAGCCUGAGACCUCGGAUCAUUGUUCCCUUCCAGAGGAUCUGAGGGUGUCGGAGGUGUCCAGCCACUGGUGGUACUCCAUGCUCAUCCUGCCUCCGCUGCUGAAAGACAGCAUGGCGGCGCCCCUGCUGUCCGCCUACUACCCCGACUGUGUGGGCAUGAGCCCUUCCUGCGCCAGCACCAGCCGUGCAGCCUGCAGCGCCAGCCCUGGCAAGCUGGAGCCCUCGAAGGUGGCCCCCGCCACCCCGGUUCCAGGCAUGAACCGGUACUUCCAGCCCUUCUACCAGCCCAACGAGUGUGGCAAAGCCCUGUGCGUGCGGCCGGACGUGAUGGAGCUGGACGAGCUCUACGAGUUCCCGGAGUACUCCCGGGACCCCACCAUGUACCUGGCUCUGAGGAACCUCGUCCUCGCGCUGUGGUACGCCAGCUGCAAGGAAGCUCUUACUCCGCCAAAGUGUAUUCCUCACAUCAUCGUCCGCGGUCUUGUGCGCAUCCGAUGUGUUCAGGAAGUGGAGAGGAUCCUUUAUUUUAUGACGAGGAAAGGUCUCAUCAACACGGGAGUUCUCAGUGUCGGCGCCGACCAGCGUCUUCUUCCUAAAGAUUACCACAGUAAAUCAGUCAUUAUCAUUGGGGCUGGUCCGGCAGGCUUAGCAGCUGCGAGGCAACUGCAUAACUUUGGAAUUAAGGUAACUAUCCUGGAAGCCAAAGACAGAAUUGGAGGCCGAGUCUGGGAUGACAAAUCUUUUAAAGGCGUCACGGUGGGAAGAGGAGCCCAGAUUGUCAAUGGCUGUAUUAACAACCCAAUAGCGCUGAUGUGUGAACAACUCGGCGUCAGCAUGCAUAAAUUUGGAGAAAGGUGUGACCUGGUCCAGGAAGGCGGGAGAGUCACCGACCCCACCAUUGACAAGCGCAUGGACUUCCACUUCAAUGCUCUCCUGGACGUCGUCUCUGAGUGGAGGAAGGACAAGACUCAGCUGCAAGACGUCCCUUUAGGAGAAAAGAUAGAGGAGAUCUACCAAGCGUUCAUUAAGGAAUCGGGGAUCCAGUUCAGUGAGCUGGAAGAGCAGGUGCUCCAGUUCCACCUCAGCAACCUGGAGUACGCCUGCGGCAGUAACCUGCACCAGGUGUCUGCUCGCUCCUGGGACCACAAUGAAUUCUUUGCACAGUUUGCUGGUGACCACACUCUCCUAACUCCCGGCUACUCGGUCAUCAUUGAAAAACUGGCUGAAGGGCUAGAUAUUCGGCUCCGAUCUCCAGUGCAGAGUAUAGAUUAUUCUGGAGAGGAAGUGCAUGUCACCAUUACCGAUGGGACGGGGUAUACGGCCCAAAAGGUAUUAGUCACUGUACCCCUGGCCUUGCUGCAGAAAGGCGCCAUUCAGUUCAGCCCACCACUGUCCGACAAGAAGAUGAAGGCUAUCAACAGCUUAGGCGCAGGCAUCAUCGAAAAGAUUGCCUUGCAGUUUCCUUAUAGAUUUUGGGACAGUAAAGUUCAAGGGGCUGACUUUUUUGGUCACGUCCCUCCCUGUGCCAGCAAACGAGGCCUUUUUGCUGUAUUCUAUGACAUGGAUCCCCAGAAGCAGCACAGCGUGCUGAUGUCCGUGAUUGCUGGGGAGGCGGUGGCGUCCGUGCGGAGCCUGGGCGAGAAACAGGUGCUGCAGCAGUGCAUGGCCACCCUGCGGGAGUUGUUCAAGGAGCAGGCCUCAGCAUUUCCCACGGAUCCUGUUUACCAAACCCGAGCAAGCUUUGUCCCUUUCCUUUUAAAGGGACAUUGUCCAGAAUUUUCUCCCACCCCAUGCAGCUGUCUUUCCUCCAAGGAGCUCAAGGAAGUGCCAGACCCCACCAAGUACUUUGUCACCCGCUGGAGCACAGACCCGUGGAUCCAGAUGGCAUACAGCUUCGUGAGGACAGGGGGCAGUGGUGAAGCUUACGAUAUCAUUGCCGAGGAAAUCCAAGGAGCCGUCUUCUUUGCAGGCAACAAACAGGCAUUUUCCACAAACUGUUACAGGGGCGUAUCUGAGUGGGGUUCGAGAAGCAAGCAAGAUUGCAGCAUUUUAAAUAGAAUUUGUCUGGACCAGCUUUCUUCUGCACCCCAAACAGGAAAAUAUAGAAUACAGGUUAAACCUCAUUUUCAUAAAAUCAAACAAAAAAACCUCGCUGGAUAGCAAAACUGAAGUUUUUCAGGCGGUAUGAUAACACAAACCUGUUUCACCACUCCGAGGGCACUAGCCCCAAGAAUCUUUUGUAAGCACUUGUCGUAAUUGCAUUGUACACAGUCUGACUGUAGUGCUAAGUCUUCUGGAUUUCACAGUAAGGCAGAAAGAAUAUAACCUUAAAUUAAGAGCUCGAAUGUGGUUCUUCCAUGGUCCCUUUAAAUUGUGAUGUUUCGUUUGAUUAGUUUUCAAACAUUGAGAAACCAAGUCGGUCAAACAGCAAUUAUUAAAAAUUAAAAAUGAAUUCCACACAGUACUUCCCAGGAGUGCUGAGUAUGUUUGUAGAAUGAAUAAAUUCAGUGAAGCCUGGUGAGUUAACCAGAGAAGUUUGGGUUAUGAUGGGUGAGUAGAGUGUUAAUGUGAACACAGAGAAGAGACACAAAUUUAGGUGGAUCAGAGAACAUAUAAACAUAUUACCCUGCGAUUACUCUGAAUUCCUUAUAUGUGACCUUAAAUCACACAACUAUGUUUUACAGGCAACAAACGGGCAUUUUCCACAAACUGUAACAGUGGCAUAUCUGAGUGGAGUUCGAGAAGCAAGCAAGAUUAAAAAACCAGAUAUUAACCAGAUAAAGCCAUGUAUUUUUCUUCUAUAAUUAGUAUCUUUGCCAGUGAGCCUUACAGUUUUUAUAUAGCUCCAAUAUUGAGCUUUUACUUAAAAUUUAGGCAGAAAUCUUUACUUUUUGGAUAUAGCACAUACUCUUCAAAAGCAAAUGAAGCUUCUAGAUGAUUUUAUAUUGUAUAUAUUUCUUCCCACUGGGUAUUCAAGAGAAAUUUAAAUUUCAGGUAUCUUUUGUCAUGAGACAUUUUAUAUGUGUGCACUCAUUGGCAAAACAGCAAAAAUUUAAGUCCUUGAACACUGAGGGUAUCAGACAUGGGGUUGGGAUAGUGUGGUCUUCAUACUUUAGAAACACAAUAUGGCUAUUUUUCUUCAAGUUUGGUCAGAUGGCACCUUAAACAGCCUUAAUUUUGGCAACUACUAGCAAAAGGUCUUGUCAGAAUAAUCUAAUAAAAGCCUCUUCCCACUGCCUCUUUAAAAUAACUGAUUCAAUCUCUAGAAUAUUUUUUACAGGUGUUUUCAGUACUCCAUGGGCAGGGCCAUUGGAAAACUGCAAAAAAAUGUGAGAUAUCCUGGUUAAUAUUACACAUUUUAUAAGCCGUAUCAUAUCUUAGCCUGAGAACAUGGCAAAUAUAUUUUUUUUCACUCAUGACAAAAAAAUACGUCACUUAAAAUACACUAGUUUCAGGGGCUUCAGAACCCUUUCUUGCAAAGAAACUUCAGUUUAGAGGCUAAAAAUAUGGACAACUUAAGUGCUUUUGUUCUAAAAAGUCUGAACAGUUGUUUCAAUUAUAUUGGUCUGUUUAAAAAAGGAACGCAAAAUUAAUUUGAAGCCACUUUCCGAAAUACCACAUACUUUUUAAAUUCAAAGUUUUUAAGUAGAAAUAGUGUUUUAUGCAAAGAAUGUAGUGAAUAUUUAGAAAGUUUAGACAUACCUCCCUCCCCAUCAAAAAGUAUGAUACAAAUGGAAGAAUAGCACUAUAUUAGUUUCAAAGUUAACACAGGAAAAUGUUGGUAUUUAGGUGAUGAGACUCACUGGUACUGAUUGGGAAGUAUUCUGCUUUCAAGUGUUAUGUAUUAAAAUGUUUAAAAAAUAGCAUGUGUUAAGUGAUUAAUGCAAAAUAUUUUAAGUUUGAAAUGGCUCACAGUAAAUUAUUACUUUAGUCUCUGGGCACUUAAAGUUGUACUGUCUUACAAGCAAAUUAAGGAAAAACCUACUAAAAGUACAGUGAAUGUGUAUUUAAAGAAAACCCUCAUUUCCUCUCUCAAAUGACAUGUGACAUUGUUAAGGAACCAUGGUACUUUUCUGUUAUUCUUGAGUUACUUUAAAUAUGUUUUUCACUGUUGUCUGAAGAUUUUGUAAUUGAGUAGCAGUGGAUACACAAUGUUUUAACUGCAGCUUGAACUGCUGAAUAAAACUAGAGUUGUUUUUCAAAUACA